AUGAACUACAAUACCAAUCCCUACGAGUCUCAGAAUCCGUAUGAGGCCCCAGCGGUCGACAGUUACGAGAUGAACACUCAAUCGAACGUCAGAACCGCUGGCACUGGUGGCGGCGAUUUUGUCGAGUUUAUGGGUAAAAUAAACGAGAUUAACCACGAGUUGGACACCUAUGAGCAAUUGAUCAACAGUGUUGAUACCUACCAUAAACGUUUGUUGGCCGAAGUGAAUGAAGACCAGGAACUACAGUUGAGACGUACACUUGAUGAUAUCGUGUCGCAGGCUUCGGACUUGCAAUACCAGUUAAAGAGUAAAAUUAAGAGUGCCCAGCAGGCAGGUCUACAUGAUGCCAGCAAGCAGGCACAGGCAGAGAACUCUAGACAAAGGUUUUUGAAAGCUAUUCAAGACUACCGUAUUAUUGAGUCCAAUUACAAGGAGGAAAAUAAAGAACAAGCUAUGAGACAAUACCGUGUAGUACAACCAGAUGCAACAGAUGCCGAAGUUGAGAAUGCCAUCAACGAUGUCGGAGGUCAGCAAAUCUUCUCUCAAGCUCUAUUGAAUGCUAAUAGACGUGGUGAAGCCAAGACCGCUUUGGCAGAAGUUCAAGCAAGACACCAAGAAUUAUUAAAAUUGGAGAAAACAAUGGCUGAAUUGACUCAAUUGUUCAACGACAUGGAACAAUUAGUCGUUGAACAACAGGAAAACAUCGAAGUUAUUGACAAAAAUGUCGAAGACGCUCAGCAAGAUGUCGAGCAAGGUGUCGGACACACAAACAAAGCCGUCACGAGUGCUAAGAGAGCUCGUAAAAACAAGAUUAGAUGCUGGAUAAUUGUCUUCUUAAUCUUCGCCGUUAUCGUCGUCGUCGUCGUGGUACCUUCAGUUGUCAAGACCAGAUAA